GUAAAUAUGCUGAAGAUAUAUUUGGUGAACUUUUCAAUGAAGCACACAGUUUCUCAUUUAGAGUCAACUCCUUACAAGAACGUGUAGAUCGCUUAUCUGUCAGUGUUACACAACUUGAUCCAAAGGAAGAGGAAUUGUCACUGCAGGACAUUACAAUGAGGAAAGCUUUCCGGAGUUCCACAAUUCAAGAUCAACAGCUGUUUGACCGCAAAACUCUGCCUAUUCCUUUGCAAGAAACUUAUGACAUUUGUGAACAGCCUCCUCCACUUAACAUUCUCACCCCUUACAGGGAUGAUGGAAAAGAGGGUUUGAAGUUUUAUACCAAUCCUUCAUACUUCUUUGAUCUGUGGAAGGAGAAAAUGUUGCAGGACACUGAGGACAAAAGAAAAGAAAAGAGGAAGCAGAAGCAGAAAAAUCUAGAUCGCCCUCAUGAACCAGAAAAAGUGCCAAGGGCACCUCAUGACAGACGGAGAGAGUGGCAGAAGUUAGCCCAAGGUCCGGAGCUCGCAGAAGAUGAUGCUAACCUCUUACAUAAGCACAUUGAAGUUGCUAAUGGCCCAGCUUCACAUUUUGAAUCAAGAUCUCAAGCAUAUGUGGACCAUAUGGAUGGAUCGUAUUCGCUUUCUGCAUUACCCUAUAGCCAGAUGUCUGAACUUCUGAACAGAGCCGAGGAGCGAGUGUUGGUCAGACCAAACGAACCACCACCACCGCCUCCAAUGCAUGGAGCAGAUGUGAAACCUGUGCCUCCUUGUGUUAGUUCUACUACUGGCUUGGUAGAAAAUCGUCCUCAGUCACCAGCAACAGGCAGAACACCAGUGUUUGUGAGCCCCACUCCUCCUCCUCCACCACCACCACCUCUUCCAUCUGCUUUGUCAACUUCAUCCUUAAGAGCUGCAAUGACUUCCACCCCUCCGCCC